AUGAGUUUCCUGCGCAUGAGCGAGGCGGACCGCGCCGCGGCGCAGCGGAAGAAGCAGCAGCAGAAGGAGUUUCUCGAAGCGCAGAUGGUGGACCAGAACCGGUCGCGCGCCGCCGCGGCGCGCCAGGCGAACGCGGAGCUCAUCAAGGAGCGCGAGAUGCUGGGCCUCGAGGCCGGCGACGCCGCGGACCUCAUCGAGGCGCGGGACCGGCGCCUGCGGAAGCGCGCGGUCUUCGGCGCCGCGCCGGAGGACGACGACGACCGGUCGCGCGACCGGCGCGAGCCGCGGUCGCGGGACCGGUCCCCGGCGGCGACGCCGCCGCGGGACCGGCGCCGGCGGCCCCGGCAGCCCGAGGAGGAGCCGUCGCCCGCGUCCCAGCACUCGGGCGGCCGCCG